AUUAGAGUGUAAACGUCGACGAACCUACGGAAAGACUCCCAAACGCUGUGGUCAGUCCUCUCUAUCUUUACUCGGAGAACAAAAGCCCCCAAAUUUUAGAGAUUGAACCUUCUCAAAACCCUAAUUUGACCUCGAAGUUCUCUUCCCAGUUCCCACAACCAGAUCUCAAACUCAUCAUGGCAAAAGAGUUCAAAGUUCCGCCGGUGGCGUUUCCAUCAGCAGGAAACCCGGCCGCCGCAGCCCCAAAUAUUCAGCAGCGGCGCGUACCUACUCCACCGUUCCAACCAAACGCCGGCAUCCCCUUCAUGUCCUUCGACAUCGGUUCCGCGGCAGCAUCCACCUCCUCCGGCCCAAUAUACGCCGGCCCCACCGUGGCCGGUGGCUCCGCCAACUUCGACGACGAGGAACCCCUCUUGGACGAGCUCGGGAUCCACCCAGAUCAAAUCUGGAGCAAAAUCAGAUCGGUUCUGAACCCGUUACGGGUAAACCACACGGUUCACAAAGAUUCGGAUCUAUCUGGCCCCAUUCUCCUCUACAUGUCCUUUUGCCUCUUCCAAUUACUCGCAGGGAAAAUCCAAUUCGGUGUGAUCUUGGGUUGGAUCGUGGUCUCUUCCAUCUUCUUGUACGUCGUUUUCAACAUGUUAGCCGGUCGAGCGGGUAACCUCGACCUGCACACCUGCACCAGUGUCGUCGGUUACUGCAUGUUGCCGGUGGUGAUUUUCUCCGCUCUUUCGCUGUUCUUACCGGUCGACGGUGUCAUUCGGCUUUCGAUCGCCGCGAUUUUCGUGUUGUGGGCGACGAGGGCUUCGACGGGUCUCGUUGUCUUGCUCGCCGAUGGCGGGGAUGAACAUCGCGGCUUGAUAGCGUACGCGUGUUUCUUGAUUUACACUCUGUUUUCCUUGCUCGUCAUAUUCUAGGGAUGUCGUUUUGGAUCGCAGUGCUUAUGGUUUAAUUCUUCCUGCGUUUUGAACCUUGUAAUUUUGUGUUGCUGUUAUAUUAUGAUAUAGAAAAUGGAGUUAUUGCCCUUAUUCAAUGUUUGUGUUUAAAGAGUUAUUCCAAGGUUACAUGUGUGUGCGUGUGUUGUGGUAAGUAUAAUGUUUACUAGAUUUUUGUUAUGAUUUUGAAAGGUUUUCAUAGAUCUUCUAGGCUUCUAGCAGGUUAGCUCAUGUUUCUCAAGGUCUAACCCGAUUAUGGUGUUUGUAAUUGUGGUUAUAGUUAACUGUAUGUCUAACUGGAUAAUAUCAGAAGGUUUUACUUUUUGAUGUAUUAAUUUAGUGGCUAAUAUUGUGCCUAUCUUAGUUGUAAUUAGAUUAACAGUUUCGGCCCUUAAAUUUAUCGUUGCAGUCCUAGCUUUUAGCAAUGUGGCUUGGGUAGGGGGAUUUCUAUCAUGCAUAACUUGACUUUGUGUGCUGGACAAAUGACUAUUUAACUCUGGGAUGCAUUUUUUUUCCUUUGAUGGUGAUGUGGUAUAUCAAUUUUGAUUGAUUGAUUGAUUUUACUAAAUACAUGUAAUUAUAACAGCUCAGUGUCACAGCAUCCACCGUGGUUUAGUGACAUCUUAAGAAGCUAUAGAUUGCCUUCUUUAAGUCUAUGGAACUUUAAGUUUGGCCAUGCUGUUUGAGACUUGUAUUGUCUUAAAUAUCUUUUGCAAUCAAAGUUAUCCGUGUGCUAACUGAUCAUUGCCACCAUCAUCGUCACUACUCACUGCCACAUGUGGAUUUUUUUUUAGUCAAACCUAAUCUAAUCUUGCCCAAAAUACUUCUAAUUAGCUGUAGGUGUCAGAAUGGAAUUGAAAUUUGACUUAGAAUUAUAAUUUUACAAUAUAAUUGUAGCCCUAGACAUUUAGACAAACACAUGUCAUGAAUUGUAGUUUUAUUAUAUAAACUACAAAUUUGAAAUUUCCUUGUGUUUUAACCAUCUAUCAGAAAGUUAGGUGGAAAUAUUGAAAUUUUGAUGCUGAUGAGCAGGGCGGUUAUUUCCUCUCACAUCACUCAAAAUUUUUGCUUAGUUUAUUGAAGUGCGCUUGGUAAUUUUGCUCUUCUCAUAUUAUUGUGCAUAUAUCUCUUUCUAUUAUGCUUGCCCUUGUACUUAGUGAAUCCAGACCCUCUACAACUCAAGAUUCAUGGCACCAGUUCUUGCGCAGUUUUUCAAUAGCUGCUUUGUUUUUGAGGAUUCCAUUUGUUAUGUGGGUGGAUGUCUCUGUCCAUUCACACUACUUAGCAUCCUAAAUCUAAGUAUGGUAUACUUGAAAAUGUGAAGGAUUGUAGACAAAUUUUAUCACAAAGAUAUCCUUUCCCAACACAGUAUUCUCUAAAGUAGUUUUUAUUUCAAAGCUGGUGAUAGAAGUGCUGCUGCCCAUGAACUCUAGAGAUCAUGUGUACCGUUACAUCCAUGCUCUGUCAUUGACCUAUAUUAUUGUCCAACAUUGUAUAUGUUUCUAUUGUCAGAAAUAGUGGUAUACGAACAAAUAACAGUUAUUGAUUUUUGUAUAAAAUGCUGUUAUAUGAAUUAAAGAGUAUCAAUGUUGCUCUUG